AUGGACUGCGGCCUCGAGGGCCACACGGCCACGCUGUGUGGCGAAUCGAUUGUGGUGGUUGGCGGCAAAACAGCCGCGUUUGGUCUCAGUGGAUCCGUGUUCGCGCUCACGCUUCCCGGGCUUGAGUGGCGCCGGCUUCUGUGUGACGGAGCGGAUCCGGCGCCGCGGGCGUACCACUCCGCCUGCCUGCACGGCACGCGGCUCGUUGUCUUUGGCGGUAUCACAAGUGUGGGGCUGAACGAUGUCCACUACAACACUUACAAUGUUUUCACGCUAGCCGACGGGCUCGACAGGGCGGCGCUGCAGCGAGUGGGUGCCGAGCGUUUCCGCGAUCCCGCAUGGCUGCGACCGCUGAUGCCGCAAAAGGCCGAGCCGGACGGGGUACUUCACAUCCUCGACAUGUCGACCUCGCCGCCCUGCUGGGGGUCGGCGCAGUGUACCGGCAGUGUGCCGUGCAACCGCUCGCACCACGCCGCCGCGGUGCAGGGAGAUGCCAUGUACAUCGUUGGAGGCUACAACAUUUACUCCCCACGGACGCAGCCGACCGUUGACUUUGGCUGCCUCCACAGCCUCGACCUCACAACGCUGUGCUGGAGAAGCAUUGAGCUCAGGAUUCCGUUGUAUUACUGGGGGGCGACGCUGACCCCGUUGGGCGGCUCGCUGCUCUGCCUCUUUGGCGGCGUUUCACGCGCACGAAACAGGGAAUCGCAGGACACAUUUAUCCUUGACGCUCAAACGGGCUCUGUGCGGCCCACGCUGGAGGGCAACCACACACCGUUGCCACGCGCAGCGCACUGUGCAUGGCGCUGGGGUUGCUACGUGUACAUUUUCGGUGGCGCCGGAUCAGUCGCCACUCGCUACUUUAACGACUUACACCGCCUUUACGUGCAACGCGGUGCCUGGGAGGAGGUCACGACAGACGUGGAAACAAAAACUUUCUUCCCGUCUGCCUCGUCGGCGUCGCCUCCGCCGCUCUCUGGCAGUGCUGCAGCGGUGGUUGGCGAGCAUGUGGUUCUUGUGGGGGGAAUGCGUGCAAACUUGACGCGCACCUCGACCGUCUUCCUCCUCAGCAUGCGCUCACACACGUGGCAGGAGGCAGCGACGACGUUUGCCGAAGCACCGCUGCCGUUUCCGUUUGCCUACGAUAAGCCGCACUCUUACCGAGGCGGCGUCAGUAGAGGCGUGCAGACAGCGUGGAGGGGGAACCCGCCACCCCUCCUGUUACGCGACGCGCUGGAUCCGGAUGUGUUAUUGCCCCGUUGGGCGUCCGUGACGCGGCAGUUCCAGCACCAGCCAAAGGAGGAUGGGGGAGGUGGGCGACACGCUGAGGAACGCCCGCAGGAGCGCUGGGAACGGGAGUUGGAUGAGCUUCACGCCAUGACGGCAGGCUGGAGCAGCGUCAUCACGGGGCUAAGUACUCACGUGAAGGGCGCUGCAUGGACGUCGUGA